AAGAAAAACUAUUGGUCAACCAAAAGGAAAUCACUACAUUUUCUAUGCCAAUAAAAAUAGCACAUUUCUAAUAUCAAACAUCAUAUACUCGGUUUACGUUUUAUGGGUUUUAUAAAACUAUGACACGGCAAUUUAUUUGAAUUGAAAAUUUCCACUAAAUCUAUAUAUUAUUUUACUGUGAACUAAGUAUGUUUUUAAAAUUGUUAGUCAUACAUGUGAUCUGUUUGAUUUGGUUGGAAGUUAAUUCUGGAUUUUAGUUUAUCGUACAACGAAUAUACACAGCCUGGUCCUAGCGACUGCUUUCUUAGUGGCAUGUUUUGCAACCCAAUCUUCAGGAGAUAAGGAUGCUGCAUUUCGUAUUAAAAGUUUCGGGGAUAAGACCCGGAGUAGAAAUGACGCUACCAGCAGUGAGCCGGGCUCCAGCGGAUGCAUUCUUGCCACAAAAGUCCCUGAUGGGGACGCGGUCCACAAAACGCUUGGUGCGGCGGCCGCUAACACGGCGGCCUGGGGGUAAAAUGCCCCCAGCCGGCAAGGGACCCCAAGCCGGCAAGGGACGCCAAACCGGCAAGGGACCCCUAGCCGGCAAGGGGGCCAAUGGGAAACUCCGCAGGCCUUUAAAGUCACCCGCUAUGGGAAAGGGAAACUUGGUUCGGCGGCCAUUUAACAGAAUGACGAAAACCUUAGGACCUUCUACCCGGCAACGGCGCCCUCGUGGACAACGUCCAAGUAUUGGGACAGUUUCUCUUGGUCUUCCUUCAAAAGGUGGAGUUCAAAAGGACAUAUAUGAAUUGGAGUUUUGGACCAGGAAGCCACACAUUAAUAAUAGAAAAUCGUAUCAGGCCGAUGGACCACCUUUAAACAAAGAUCCCAAAGCUAACAGCGAAAUAUCAGUGACCGAAAUUAUAAAUGACAAGUCCAAAAAACCAAUACAAAAAGAAGAAACUCUCAAAGAAGAAAUAAAUGAACAGAAAAAAGCCCCUGAAUAUGUUACUGCAUAUUAUAUUAAAUGAUCAUAAAAAAUUACAUUGAUGAGAUAGUAUUUGUUUGAAAUAAAUUAAAAAUAAUACAUAUUG